CAUUCUUUUACUACAUUUUAAUUUGAUUAAUAAUUUUUUUAAAUUCAUUUGGUUAGCAAGAAACAUGAUCACCAUGAAAAAUUCCAUCUUUCUUUUGUUACUUUUUGUAGUUAGUAUUAAAGGUUCACCACUUUCAACCUAUGGAAUAUUUGGGGGCCAGGACGCAGUGGAAGGACAGUUUCCAUACCAGGUAUCUCUUCAGAUAGACAGCUGGCCUUUUGGCUACCAGCACUACUGUGGAGGUUCUAUCAUUUCUCCAAACUGGAUUGUUACUGCCGGGCAUUGCUGUUGGACUAUGUAUCCUAGCCUUCAUGUAGUCGCCGGGAUAUUGAAGGUGCAUGACCAAAACGAGUACACGCAAGUUAGAUUAGUUGAGGAGCGUUACAUACAUGAAAAUUAUACUUAUGGUGUGCAGCCAAACGAUAUCUGCGUAAUUAAGGUAAACGAAUCCUGGGUUUUUAAUGACAGAGUUAAACCAAUAGCUCUUCCUAUCCAGGAUUUUAAUGCCGUAGGAAAAGGAGUAUCGUCUGGUUGGGGGCAAUCGGCAGGAAAUUUAUUCCCACAGUUCCCUGAUACAUUACAAUGGCAAGAAUCAGAAAUUCCCGAUGAGGAAACUUGUUUAGAGUUAUGUAAUAAGGCCGAAAAACUCAACCCAUACAAUACCACAUCUAAUAUAUGUACAGCAAAUCCUGAGAAAAACCAUGGUACUUGUGAAGGAGACUCUGGUGGUCCUUUAGUUCUAGAUCAACAAUUGGUUGGAUUGGCAUCUUGGGUGUUUCUACCAUGUGGUAGGGAAGGUGCUCCGUCAGUAUUUACCAGGGUCAGUCAUUUUGUUGACUGGAUCAAGAAACACGACAAAGAGUUGUAACAACACUAUUUAAAUAAAUGUUAAAAUCGCUAUCAAAACUAUAAUUUUUGCUUUCUUUGUUUUUAGCCUUUGUAUGAUAUAAUGAUAUAGGAGUAUACUGAAAAUCUAAUUUAAAUAGAAAUGAA